AUGCGGAAGUGAGGGGGCGGAACUUUCGAGGCCUAUAAAUUGGCGCCUGACCUUGAUGCAAGCCCCUUCACUUUGCGUGACUCCGUAGUGUGAGGAUCUCAGCGUAUUAGAUCAAAGUCUCAAAGCUAACACAUUAUCAGUUUUGAAGAUGCCGGCCGAGUUCGAACUUUGUCCAGGAAGAAGGAUUGGGGGCUCCAACCCCUGUUUCAUCAUCGCAGAGAUCGGUCAGAAUCACCAAGGGGACAUUGAAAUUGCCAAGAAAAUGAUUCGCAUGGCUAAGGACUGUGGAGCGGACUGUGUGAAGUUUCAGAAGAGCGAGCUCGAGCACAGGUUCACCAAGCGAGCGCUGGAGCGCGCCUACAACUCCCCUCACUCCUGGGGGAACACAUACGGAGCGCACAAGCGCCACCUAGAGUUCAGCCAUGAGCAGUACAGAGAGCUGCAGCGCUUCUCCGGAGAAGUGGGGAUUUUCUUCACUGCCUCAGGAAUGGACGAGAUGGCUGUAGAGUUCCUACAUGAAAUCAAUGUGCCUUUCUUCAAAGUGGCCUCAGCAGACACCAAUAACCUCCCUUACCUGGAGAAGACUGCCAAGAAAGGUCGUCCCAUGGUGAUAUCCAGUGGUAUGCAGUCCAUGGAUACCAUGCGUUACGUUUAUGAAACAGUGAAGAAGCACAACCCAAACUUCACCUUCUUGCAGUGCACCAGUGCCUAUCCACUGUCCACAGAGCACGUCAACUUGCGCAUUAUCACUGAAUUCCAGAAGGAAUUCCCUGACAUUCCGAUCGGCUACUCAGGCCAUGAAGGGGGCAUCAGUGUGUCCGUGGCUGCUGUAGCCCUGGGUGCAAAGGUUUUGGAAAGACACGUGACCCUGGACAAAAGCUGGAAGGGCAGUGACCACGCCGCAUCUCUAGAGCCGGCAGAGCUGGCAGCGCUGGUGCGAGAGAUCCGGACAGUAGAGCUCGCUCUCGGCUCUCCGGUUAAACAGAUGCUGCCCUGCGAAGCUUCCUGCCACAGCAAGUUGGGCAAGUCGGUGAUCGCAAAGAAGGCGCUGCAAAAAGGUACAGCUCUAACCCUGGAUAUGCUGGGAGUGAAAGUGGCCGAACCACAAGGCAUUCCACCCGAGAACAUCUUCAAACUGGUGGGGAAGAUAAUCACAGUGGACCUACAGCAGGAGGACACUCUCACUAAUGACAUGAUCAAAUAAUAACUGUCAUCUGUAUUUAUUAAACUGUUUUUCAUUUUAUUUUUCCAUAUGAUAAGCAAACAUUUCAGUCUAGUUUUGGGCAUAUUUUUGUAAAAUAUCACAAAGUAGUAUAUUCUGUUUUAACUCUUUAAUAUUUAAUGUGUAUUGAAUGAUAAUGAUAAUUUACUGCUUCAGUCAUUUUUAAAUGUAAUAAUUUAUGGAAUAUCAAUAAUAUGUAUUUAAAUAUCAUAAUAUAUGGAGAAUGGACCGAUGGGUAUUUAUAGGCAAUAUUUCCACAAUGGGUGAAUCAUUGAGGUGGUGAUACUUUGGCAUUUGGCAUUGUUUUGCAGAAAAUAAGUACUGCAUUAAAUUGACCCCAUAUAUUGAGGGUUAAUUAUAAACACUUGAUUAUAAACUGCUUCUGUGGUAUAAACAUUUUGAAUGUGGGUACAUUGCUGUUGUUUUAAUAAAUGAAGGUCACAUUGCUGCACAUUUGCUUCAUUUUUACUGUGUUUUUAUACUUUUUCAUUGAAUAAAAACAUUUAAUUUGCGA